AUGGGUACGUUGUACUGGAGAGUGUGAGAGAUAGAGAGAGAGAGAGAGAGAGAGAGAGAGAGAGAGAGAGAGAGAAUGGACGGACGUAUGCAAAUAGCAGAAACAGCGGAAGAGAGACGAACAGUUGGUCGAGGGUGGGACUACGAAGAAACGAAGAAAACCAACAAAGAGAAUGGAACCAGUUCGGAAGGAGACAGGUGACGACGGCUUCAUUGUUCUCCGCGAAAGGGCAAGUUUCAGAUGGGAAAUGAAGCUCAAGGGGUUCUUCAUCGCGUUCGCCGUCAUCGCCCUUUCGUACAACAUUCUCGUCAGUGAGUGGUGACGACCUUAUUAUCGGUGCACUGCACUCCCUGUGGUUUCAGUGAGCAGUCCCCGUCCCUCCCAGUUCUCCGUUAUCACAAAUGUGCCCCCUCAACACUGUGGAUUAAAACUGUCUGCAAAACUUCAGAACUUGAUACUUGACGUGAGAGCCCCUUAAUCGUAUCGUUACCAUCUGGAAACUCUUCCAGAAACACAAUGAAAUUCGUUCGAAAGUGGCUCUGGGACAGUACGUCGUUGACGAUAGUUACUUGCCACCGGCAGCCAACAUGCUCAAAUUGGUAAGCUAAAAAUUGGGUUGAGGAGACGAAAGUAGACUUCGGACAGAAUUGGGACUGUGGACUCGAAUUGGAAGCCCAGAAUAGAGCCGAGCAAUGUGAUUUGGGAAUGGAAAAACAGAGCGGAUUGACGGGUGGGCUGGAAGAAGUUCGUGGGGAGAAUGCCUUCUAUUUCCGGACUGAAGACGUGGAUUCGGUGGAGGGAGCGGUUGUGGUGAGUUGCGAAACAUUGUGUUUGAGUGCUCUCGAACUAUUUCCAUAAUAUCAGCAUUGUAAUCACUUCCAACCACUAUUUGCGUUUUAUUUUAGACAGGCAUCGAAAGAAUGGGCGAUGAGAUUGCGAUCGCAGGUAUAAAGGAGAUGAAAUUGGCACGGUACGACAAGCGGAUCGGGCACGCGACACAGGUAAAAGAAGAUGGGAUCGGCGGAAAGAUCGGAACGUUCAGAUAAUGUGGGGAACGACACGGACGGUCGGGUGUGCAGUUCGAGAGUGCUCGGCUCGACAAGACGGCUCACUUGACGGACAAAAAUACAAUGUGGCUGUUUGCAAAUACUACCCAACGUGAGAAGAUUUCUUUGUUUUAACAGUACAGACUGGAUCUAGAGUUUGAGAGAAAGAUACUAGAAAGAGCAGUGGGAAAAAGUGUUGGUUUCAGUGGAAACGUGUUCAAAUCGUCUGCUCCGACGGCCAUCUACUCGAGCGGAGAGUCUGGAAGCCGGUGCUCGGACGGAUUCCUCGUCGAUCCGACGAGUGGGCUGUGCGUGACUGCGACGUGGCAGGAAAGAGGAGAGGAGCGAACUUUAUAG